UCCAGACCCUGGUUAUUGUCUAGAAAAUGAUCAACAGAACUGAUCCCAGAUAUUUACAGGACUCGAUCAAGCGCUACACCCCGGCCAGGCUCCUUCGCUCGUCUACUUCUGCUCGCUUGGUGGUCCCGCGCACGAAAGCAGAGAGAAGACCGGAGAGACUGAGCAGUCAGAAAGUCACUGGUGAAUACGUUCCAGUCAUGCCAGUGGUGACGUCCACCGUGGUGUCCACACAGCCCAGCUCAGGGACCUGGACCACCUCCCUCUUCGACUGCUGCUCGGACAUGAGCACCUGCUGCUGCGGCAUGUGGUUCUUCCCGUGUAUGCAGUGCCAGACGGUGUCGCAGUUCGGCUGGUGCUUUCUGCUCCCGGUGCUCGACCCCUGUACCUGCCAGGCGAUCUCCUGCUUCUUCCGCCAGUCCAUGAGGGAUCGCUACAACAUCCAGGGCUCCUGCUGUGACGACUGCUGUGUGCUCUGCUUCUGCUACAGCUGCGCCUGGUGUCAGAUGGCCAGGGAAGUGAAGAACCGCGGUUAUGGCAGGGCUGUGGGAACCAACGUCGUUACCCAGACUACGGUGGUGCUCUAGAAACACACACACACGCACACACCACAGAAGUCACCUCUUCAACUGUUGUGUCAUUUCAGUAAAGUCCCUGUAAAAGUAUUUUCAUUGUACUGUUUUACAAAACGUCCAUUUUAUUUGUGAAAAAUAAAUAAAGCGGUGUUUUUA